AGAGACUAAGGCAGAUUUACGCUAGCCGGGCAGCUCGCCGUCUCGGACAAGACCAUAUCGAGGAAGCACAUCACGAUUCAAGUCGACAGUGUCCCUGAAGGUGGUGGGGUAUGAUUGCGUUUGACGGACACGAGAUGGUACGAUUGGGGUUAACUUGGUGUUUACAGCGCAACCUCCGUUCGCGGUCCUCCGUCACAAUCGAGGACCUCAAUUCGAAAAAAGGAACGCUGUUGAAUGGCGUCCAGAUACGCGGGCAGAAGAAAACACUCUCAGAGGAUGUGAACGAGCUGAAGUUGGGCAUGUGCCCAAAGCUUGUCCGCAUACGAUGGAAUCCGGUUGUUCUCAGCUUCUCCUUUACCGCAAAGGAACUCCGUUUGGACCCGUGGACGAGGCUGCGCGACAGCCUGGAGCAGCUCGACAUCAAAUAUUCGGCCGAUUAUGUUCCAGAUACUACCCACGUCGUCUCAAAAAAGCGCAACACAUCAAAAGGGCUGCAAGCAUUGAUCAACGGACGGUAUAUUGUCACUGAUAGCUUCAUCAAUGCGAUAGUGGACGCGGCUACUGUUCCUGACAAUGCGGAGGAGGGCUCGCCUAGCGCACUGGAAGUCGAUUUCGAAUCCUCUUGGCCGAAUCCCAUCGACCACCUGCCACCCCGCGGCGAGGAGCCCCUAGAUCGACCGCCCGAUGUGUACUCACCCAACGACAAGCGGCAGGAAGUGUUUGACGGGUAUACAUUUGUCUUUUACGAAAAGAAGCAAUAUGAGAACCUGUUUCCCGCCAUCACUGCCGGAAGAGGUAAAGCCCUGCUCAAGGACGUCAUUCCUGGCGAAACAGAUGUGGAGGACUUCAUUCGAUAUGUAAAAAGCGUUGCCGGCGAAAAGGGGUUGGGAUCUUUCGAAGAUGGCAGCGAGGGUAAGGGGGUGGUUGUCGUGCGAUACAUGCCAAAGAGCGAGGAUCAUGAGUGGUAUGCUCAGUUCUUGACUUCUUUUGCUCAGCGGCUCGAUCACCGCCCGAUUGAUCAACGAGAGUUUCUCGAAGCCAUCCUUGAUUGCAACGCUUCCAUGCUCCGCCGACCUCUUGAAGAAGCCAGUCAACCCUCGUCGGGGAGGGCAGGCGGUCAGAUACCUACCGUUAACGCAGGAGACUGUAUGGAUGUCGACCAACCGGGUUCUCAACCUCGAGCGUCGCCGGAAGCCGCUGCACAAGCCGCUGCACAACCGGAACCCGUGCCUGGACCUAGACCUGGACGGGGUCGAAGAGCUGGCCGGAGCCGUUUCAAAGGCUUUGAUUUCGACGACGGGGAAGAGCUUGCGGGAGAAGUCACCCCAGUGGAUGCUCCUGAGCAGCUCCAAACGGCUGCUGCAUCCCAGGACAGUUUGUUCGUCUCUCAGCACCAAAAGCCGAUGCUUCCAGUGGAGGAAAUCGUUGGCGAGGAGGGCCCAACCCGGCAGACACAACGGAAACGCCCCUUGUCUCCGGUCCCCGAGCACGACACAUCGGCACUGCUAGAUGAGAUUGCGCCGACAGCGGCAGCUGCCAAACGCCGGCGGAUCGAGUCAGGGCAAGAACCGCUCCCUCCUCCCCCCGAGCCUGAACCGGCGUCACAGCCUAGCGGAGACGAAGAAAUGGCUCCGGCUUCUCCCAAAGGGAAGCCGAAGAAGGGCCAAGCGAAAGGGAAAGGAAAGAAGAUAAAGGAAGAAGAUGACAUCCUGGAGCUUGCACGCCGCCAGCGUGAAGAAGCCGAGGCUCGAGCAGCUGCGCAGCGCAAAGAACUUGAGGAACUUCCGGAUGAUGGAAUCGACUACGCUGCGAUCCGAGCAUUGCACAUCAUUGAAGAAUGCGAGGUUCACUUUCCCGAGACUGGCAGGAAUGGCCGCAGCCGGGAGCAGGAUAUUGCCGACGGCCGGUGGGAUCCGCGAUGGAAUGGACGCAAGAACUUCAAGCGGUUUCGCAAACAAGGCGAACCAGUCGGCCGCCAACCACCUCGCAUCAUCAUUCCGCUGGAGGAGGUCAAACCGAAAGAGUACGGUAUCGGGGACGACUACUGGCUCGAGGAUGACAGCGGGCGGCGUAAGGAAGACAACCGGCCCGGGUCGCAAAAUCAAACCCAGCAGUCGUCGGAGGGGAGGUCUGGCAGUCUGGGCAUGGGCAAGGAGAAGGAGGUCGCGCCCAGGCCUGCAAUACGGCGGACCAUUUUGGCCAUUGACAGUAGUGACGAGGAGGAGCGGAGUGAGCUCUCUGGGAUGCCGGAGGACAGCGCCCUGCCUGAAUCGGAACCCCCUAGAAGCCGGGCGGCCAAGGCUGCUGAGAAGGCGAACUCACAACGCGCCCGGUCGCAGACACACACACAGUCGCAAAGCCAGGCGGGGUCAUCCCACAAGCGGCCCGCACCAGUUGACUCGAAUCAAGAGGGGGCGGCGAAGAGGCCGCGGAGGGGCCUCGGGCCGCCGAGUGACGACGACAGCGAUGACAGUGAUGACGAGCUCAAAUUUCGGUUUGGGAGGCGAAGGUAGUCCUAGCACAGCUCAUUAGAACCUCUGCAGUUGAUCAUGACAAAGACAUGUAUUGCAUAUAUGUUCCAUUGGCCUUGUCUAUGGGUAUCAUCUCGGUUCAAAUCUAAACAGCAACCCG